AUGAAGCUCCUGGCGUCGCUGACUCUCUGCCUGGGCUUCUGGGCAGGGCUCAGCACUGCUGUCAUCCCAGUGGAGGAGGAGAAUCCAUCCUUCUGGAACAAGCAGGCAGCUGCAGCCAUCGAAGCCGCCUACAAUAUCAAGCCCAGGAUAAGCAAAGCCAAAAACCUCAUCCUCUUCCUCGGGGAUGGAUUUGGGAUCCCCAGCAUCACAGCCACACGCAUCCUAAAGGGUCAGGAGCAAGGGAAACUGGGCCCUGAGACCCCCCUCGCCCUAGAUGCUUUCCCCUACGUGGCUCUCUCCAAGGUAAAUCCCGGCCAUGCUGCGCCGCCCGCCAGCGCGGGGACGUCCACAGCCUGCCUCUGCGGGGUGAAGGGCAACUACCAAACGGUCGGUCUGAGCGCGGCCGCCCGUCACUCGCAGUGCAACACCACAAAGGGCAACGAGGUGAUCUCAGUGCUGCAGAGAGCCCGGAACGCUGGGAAGGCAGUGGGCAUCGUGACGACGACGCGGGAGCAGCACGCAUCGCCCUCGGGGACCUACGCCCACGUGGUGAACCGCAACUGGUACGCGGAUGCCAGCAUGCCUGCGGACGCCAUCAACCAGGGCUGCAAGGACAUCGCCUGGCAGCUGGUCAACAACGUUGACAUCAACGUGAUCCUGGGUGGUGGUCGGAAAUACAUGACCCCCGUGGGGACACCGGACCCUGAGUACCCCAACCUCAUCUCGCAGAGCGGGAUACGGGAAGACAAAACUAACCUCAUCAACGUGUGGCUGGAGAAAAACAAGGGUGCUCGCUACGUCUGGAACAGGACAGAGAUGCUGGCUGCCGCCGCCGACCCCAGCGUGGAUCAUUUGAUGGGUCUCUUUGAACCCGGGGACAUGAAGUACGAUGUGAUGCGUGACCCUGCCCUGGACCCGUCGCUCACCGAGAUGAUGGAGGUGGCCAUCACCGUUCUGAGCAGGAACUCCAAUGGCUUCUACCUCUUUGUGGAAGGAGGCAGGAUUGACCACGGCCACCAUGACGGCACAGCCUAUAAGGCGCUGACAGAGGCGGUGGAGUUCGACCGGGCCAUCGAGCGGGCGGGUGUCCUGACAGACGAGGCGCAGACCCUCACCGUCGUCACC